CCAAAAAGCCGCUGAAAGUGCCAGCCCCGGUGUGUGUCUGCGCCAACAUGGCUGAUGAAACAGCGAAAGCGCAGACUGCCCAGCCGGGCGGAGACACGAUCUUCGGGAAAAUUGUGCGCAAGGAGAUUCACGCGGAGAUAUUGUAUGAGGACGACCAGUGCAUAGCUUUCCCUGAUAUUGCCGCUCAGGCCCCGACUCACUUCCUUGUGGUCCCCAAAAAGCCGAUCACACAGCUGUCACAGGCUGAGGAUGGCGAUGCUGCAUUGUUGGGCCACUUAUUGAUAGUGGCAAGGAAGUGUGCCGACAAGAUGGGCCUGUCCAAGGGCUACAGGAUCGUCAUCAACGAUGGACUGCAAGGCGGACAGUCUGUCUACCACCUCCACGUCCACGUCCUGGGUGGACGCCAGAUGCAGUGGCCCCCCGGCUAACCGUCCUCCCCGCUCACAGACCACCAUGCCAUCCACCUUUACAUCUGUCCUGUGCACCAACCAAUGUCGAUUCAAUAUGACUAUUAUGACCACAUGUGUGUCACGUAAAAUACAUGUGUGUUGCAAAACUUGGAAAUUUGUCAGUGCAUAAUUAAAUGCAUUUUCCAACAGUUCUAUUAGUGAUAUAUUGGUGUUUUACUUUCACUUCCUCCAGCCAGGGAGAUUUUUCCUUUUUCGAUGAUAACUGCACGUGCAGACAGGAAUGUGUUGGUGUGUGUGUGCAUGUAGACCAUUAAUAAACAAACCAAACCAGCUGGUGUGAUUCUUACAUAA